AUGGUACAAUCAAAUUCACUGGCUCCCAAGAUGGCGGAUGCCUACACGGCGUACGCAACGCAGGUGUCAGAUGCGCUGCAGACGCUAUUAGAGACAACGGGGGUGAAAAUCGAGCCUCCGGUGGAGUUCGUGUCCUGUGGAGAGGGUUUGAACGAGCAUUUCGUGCCGAAAGCGUCAUUGGAGAGGCAUUUGUGGAAAUGUCAUGGAAAACGACGGCCUGCCGUCGUCAACAAUGCAGCUUUCUACUAUGGCAGUCGCAAAGGAGAAAAUGCUGUCAGCACAGAGAGCAGUGGAGAUUUGGCAGAAGAGGGGGCUGUAGAGGUCACAGGAUUACAGAGUUUGGUGGAGCGAGAAGCUGACGGACAGGAAGACCAAGGUGGAGUGGUCGCUGCAAUUCAAAGCUCUGCAGCUUCUGCAGCAGCAUUUUAUCAACAAGUACAAGCGUGGACGCGUAUCCCGAAGGCAUUUGAUACGAUAAAAGACGAGGAGCGCCAACUGGUAGCGUCUUCGUCGUUACACCGGUGGCUGAAUGCUGAGCUGGGUCGCCCUGGAGUACUACCUAGUGGUGACGCUCUCGAUGAGGAGCUCGUUCAAUAUAUAGCUGGGCUGCUGGAUCACCCAGACUUUUGUCAGCCCGACUUGUUGGCUUUGGAACUUCACGAGUUCCUUGGCAACAACGUCACGAAUAUCGUGCUCGCUCUCUGGAAAUUUAUGAUCGUCGAGAUCGGACUACAUAGUGUAUUCAAGUUGGAAAAAAGUGAGACGUCGAACAAGAUACAAGUGAAUUCUUCAGUCACUAGUCAAGAUCCGGCGCCAGCAGUACCAACAAACUCUCAACCGGAUGCAACGACUGAGCGCGAUUACAAGCGUCGACGUGCUUCGUACAGAGGGAAGGUGGGCACGAAGACCGGUCCUGCAGCAUACCGCGAAAUGAUUCAAAAGCACAUGGUCGGGCUCAGUCUCGACAUGGAUCGUGAACUUAUACUUGGUGGUGGAUUCCGUGAAGACAAAGGCGGCAGUGAAUCUAGUAAAGCCCGCCCAACUCGCCGUAAAGCCGUGGAUUGGCGUAACUUCACCGAUGCCCUUGAAGUGCGCAAUCGAAGCCGGCAAAGGCGCCAAGAUAGCACAAAGGGUUUAUCCAGAUCUAGAUCCAGGUCAAGAGGGCGAUACAGCACAAACGACAAUGCACGUCGUCAGAGUUAUACAAGUCCUGAAAGGAGGAGAGACUCCAGUCGUCACCGCAGGAGUAAAAGUCGAAGCCGACGUAGAAGUCCUCGUCGACAAGACCGCAAUGACUCAAGGCACCGCAGAAGACGAAGCCUCAGCAAGGACAGGGGUCGUGAUCGUCACUGA